GCGGCUCGCGCACGGUCUCAAAGUUCAGUCAGUGUGAGGAGGGAGAGAGAGAUGACAGCGCGCGCCUGAGACACGGCAUCUGAACAGGUGACUAACAUAAUCAACAUUGCCGAUUAUUUGCUGCUGGGAUGGACAUGAAGGAGAAGCGGCACCGCUCCCUGACACGACCCAGGUGCAGGAAUGAGCCUCACUACGCCACGUCCUCUAUGGACACAGACGAGUGUCGCGUGGACCCAGAGAAAUGCUAUAGCUCCAGCGAGACACUUAAAGCCUACGAGCAGGAAGCACGGAUGCACUACGGGCCCAAGACGGUAGAAUACGCCGGGCAAGGAAGCCUUACACUGGCAGAGCUGGGUGUGUGUGAGCCUCAGCAGCAGAGUGUGUACUGUUCAGACCUGGGCCUGGUGCAGCCGGGCUACUCUCUGAGCGCUGGCUAUGAUGCUGACUCUGACCCCGAAGGCCUGAUGAUGCCCGAGCAUGCCGUCCAGAUGUGGAGAGGUCAGGACCUGAAGUCACACCACAACUCGGGCUUGUCCAGCCCUGACCAGUCAGCGCUCACCCUCACCGACUCGGAAAACGAACACAAAACCGAUGACGAGUCAGGUCGUCCCCUCCCUCCCACGCCAUCCUCCAGCUUGCUCCCUCCCGCCCCUCCUCCUCCUCCGUCAGGCCCUCAUCCCUCUGCCGCUCCCUCCAUCAGGGAGUGUCAGAUGCCCCUGCUGGACAGCGGCUCGCCUCACGCCAUGCUGGAGCCGCCCGCCGAGGACGAGUUCUCUCACAACUCCUACCUGCUCCGAGCUCAGGCUUCCAACACCACCGCCGUCGCCGCCGCUGCAGGUCCGUCCUCUCAUCACAGCCAGACGGCCCCGCGUCCGCCUCUGCCCCCUGCACACAACCACCACCAGACGUCGGCUAACUCUCUGAACUGCAGCGGUCAUGGCAGCCGGCGCGCCCUGCAGAGCCACGUGCCCACCGCAGCGCCCGCUGACGGCCCGUCCACCCCAGAGUCAGUGCAGCUCCAGGAGAGCUGGGCUCUUAACAGCAGCGUGCCACUCGAGACACGACACUUCCUGUUUAAAACUCCGUCGGGAAGCACUCCACUGUUCAGCAGUUCCUCUCCCGGUUACCCCCUCACCGGCGGUUCCGUCUACUCGCCCCCACCACGCCUCCUGCCAAGGAACACCUUCUCCAGGAGCUCCUUCAAGCUCAAGAAGCCCUCCAAGUACUGCAGCUGGAAAUGUGCCGCCAUGUCCGCCAUCACCGCUGCCAUACUGCUCGCCGUACUGCUCUCCUACUUCAUUGCUCUCAAUCUGCUCGGACUGAACUGGCGUCUGAAGCCUACCAACGGGCAUCUUGUCAGCACCGGCCUCAGCACUGGCAUCCCCAGCACCGGCGACGUGGCAACAGUGCCCUCCGGAGGCAGAGGUCCAUGGCUGUUGAGGAACAGCAGUAUCAACAGUGGAGAGCUGGAGGUGGGACGGCGAGUGAGUCAGGAGGUUCCACCGGGUGUCUUUUGGAGGUCUUUGCUCCACCUACGCCAGGCUCACUUCCUAAAGUUUAACAUCUCCCUGGGAAAGGACGCCCUGUUCGGGGUGUACAUGCGUAAAGGCCUGCCUCCAUCUCAUGCCCAGUAUGACUAUAUGGAGCGUUUGGAUGGGAAGGAGAAGUGGAGUGUGGUGGAGUCUCCGCGGGAGAGGCGCAGUAUUCAGACGGUGGUGCAGAACGAGGCUAUCUUUGUGCAGUAUCUGGACCCUGGCACAUGGCAUCUUGCUUUCUAUAAUGACGGCAAGGAGAAAGAGCCUGUCUCCUUCAGUACGGUGGCGCUGGAUUCUGUGCAAGAGUGUCCGCAGAACUGCCAUGGCAACGGAGAGUGCACAUCAGGAGUGUGUCACUGCUUCCCUGGUUUCCAUGGCAUGGAUUGCUCCAAAGCGGCGUGUCCUGUGCUGUGCAGCGGUAACGGCCAGUACAGUAAGGGAGUGUGCGUGUGCUACAGCGGCUGGAAGGGGCUGGAGUGCGACGUCCCGGCGGCACAAUGCAUCGACCCUGAGUGCAGCGGCCACGGUACCUGCAGCCAUGGCGUCUGCACCUGCACAGCCGGAUACCGCGGCGAGAACUGCGAGGAAGUGGAUUGUCUGGAUCCGAUGUGUUCUGGUCACGGGACCUGCAUAUCAGGUCAGUGUCUGUGUAAGCCAGGAUGGGCGGGGCCGCUGUGUGAAAUUCCCAAAUCUCAGUGUCCUGAGCAGUGCCACGGUCAUGGCGUGUACAGCGCAGAUACGGGUCUCUGCACCUGCGAGCCCAACUGGAUGGGCCCCGAUUGCUCCACAGAGGUGUGUUCUGCAGACUGCGGGAGCCACGGUGUGUGUGUGGGUGGUGUGUGUCACUGUGAAGAGGGCUGGGCAGGUGUUGGAUGUGAUCAGAGGCUCUGUAACCCGCUGUGUGUGAAACAUGGCACCUGUAGAGAUGGCAAGUGCCAGUGUGAGCAGGGCUGGAAUGGCGAGCAUUGCACCAUCGAUGGGUGUCCAGGCCUGUGCAAUGGUAACGGCCAGUGCAUUUUGGGUCAGAACAGCUGGCAUUGUGAAUGCCACACUGGCUGGAGAGGGACAGGCUGCAACGUUGCCAUGGAGAUCUCCUGCAACGACAACAAAGACAACGAAGGAGAUGGCUUGAUUGACUGCAUGGACCCAGACUGCUGCACUCAGAGCCCUUGCCUGAGCAAUCCGCUGUGCCGUGGAUCACGUGAGCCGCUCCAGAUCAUUCAGCAAAGCCAAUCGGCCGGCAAGAAAGUCAGCUCUUUCUACGACAGGAUCAAGGUGCUGGUGGGAAGAGACAGUACGCACAUCAUACAAGGAAGUAAUCCCAUCAAUGCCAGCCUGGCGUCUCUGAUUCGUGGCCAGGUCCUGACAUCUGAUGGAACUCCUCUUGUGGGCGUCAAUGUGAGUUUUGUGAACUACCCACAUUAUGGUUACACCAUGACGCGUCAGGAUGGCAUGUUUGACCUGGUGGCUAACGGUGGCGCGUCUCUGACCCUACGCUUUGAGCGAGCGCCGUUUCUGAAACAGGAGCACACCGUGUGGCUGCCAUGGAACCGCUUCUAUGCCAUGGACACUCUGGUCAUGAAGGCGCAGGACAUCGUCAUCCCAAGCUGUGACCUGAGCGGCUUUGUCAGACCCGAUCCUGUGCUUGUGCCCUCCCCUCUAUCUUCCUUCUUUAGCUCCAACCCUACAAACAAGCACAUUAUACCUGAAAGCCAGGUUCUUCAUGAACAAGUGGAAAUCCCAGGCACCAGUCUGAACCUGUGCUAUCUGAGCUCGAGGACAUCAGGAUAUCACGCCCUGCUUAAAGUGACCAUGACCUCGGCCCAGGUGCCUGUGAGCCUGGCCAAGGUGCAUCUCAUGGUGGCCAUGGAGGGUCAUCUGUUUCAGAAGUGGUUCCACGCCUCACCCAACCUGGCCUACACGUACGUCUGGGACAAGACGGAUGCCUACAAGCAGAGAGUGUACGGCCUGGCUGAGGCUGUGGUCUCUGUUGGAUACGAGUAUGAGACGUGUCCCUCUCAGAUCCUGUGGGAGAAGAGAACAGCGGUGCUGCAGGGCUAUGAGAUCACCCCAUCGAACCUGGGGGGCUGGUCGCUGGACAAACACCACACACUCAACAUCCGUCAUGGUAUCCUUCAUAAGGGCUCUGGGGAGAAUGUGUUCAUAUCUCAGCAGCAGCCUCCAGUCAUCAGCAGCAUCAUGGGAAAUGGGCGUCGACGCAGUAUCUCCUGCCCCAGCUGCAGCGGCCUGGCCGAGGGCAACAAGCUGCUGGCGCCUGUGGCCCUGGCGUGCGAUGGAGAGGGCAACCUGUAUGUGGGCGACCUCAACUUCAUCAGAAGGGUGUACCCUUCCCUCAACACCACGGCUAUUUUGGAGCUGCGAAAUAAAGAUCUGAGACACAGCAACAGCCCGAGCCAUAAGUACUACCUGGCAGUGGAUCCAGUCUCAGGAGCUCUGUUCCUGUCAGACACCAACUCCAGACAGAUCUACCGCGUGCGCUCGCUGAGUGGUGCCCGCCCACUCAUGGAUAACGCUCAGGUGGUGGCAGGCACAGGCGAGCAGUGUGUGCCCUUUGACGAGGCACGAUGUGGGGACGGAGGCAAAGCCGUGGAAGCCACGCUGAUGAGCCCCAGAGGCAUUGCUGUGGAUAAGAACGGGCUCAUGUAUUUUGUGGAUGCCACCAUGAUCCGUAAGGUGGAUCAGAACGGUAUCAUCUCCACUCUGAUAAAAACCAACGAUUUGACCGCGGUCAGACCUCUCAGCUGUGACACCAGCAUGGACGUCAGCCAGGUGCGUCUGGAGUGGCCCACUGACCUGGCCGUCAACCCUAUGGACAACUCGCUGUAUGUUCUAGAGAACAACGUUGUCCUGCGAAUCACGGAAAGCCAGCAGGUAAGCAUUGUGGCUGGUCGGCCCAUGCACUGCCAGGUUCCUGGUAUCGACUACUCCCUCAGCAGGCUGGCCAUCCACUCGGCACUGGAGAGUGCCACAGCCAUUGCUGUCUCUCACUCGGGCGUGCUCUACAUCGCGGAGAGCGAUGAGAAGAAAAUCAACCGCGUGCGACAGGUCAGCGCUGACGGCGAGAUCUCACUGCUGGCUGGUGCAACAUCCGAGUGUGACUGUAAAAACGACGUCAACUGCAACUGCUAUUCCGGGGAUGAAAGCUACGCUGCCGAUGCCAACCUCAAUGCGCCCGCCUCACUGGCAGUAUCUCCUGAUGGUACACUCUACAUCGCUGACCUUAACAACAUCCGUGUGCGAUCGGUGCACGUCAACCAGCCGGGCCUGAACACCGCAGGUCAAUACGAGCUGGGAUCGGCAUUGGAGCAGGAGCUGUACGUGUUCAGCGAGGACGGUCUGCACAGGCAAACGUUCAGUCUCAUCACCGGCCUUGCGCUGUAUAACUUCAGCUACGGAGCGGACGGAGAACUCGUCUCGGUCACUGACAGCUCCAACAACACUCUGAAGAUCAGGAGAGAGGCAGGUGGCAUCGUACGGCUGUUGCUACUACCCGAGAACCAGGUAGUGACGUUGGGAAUGGACGCAACCGGAAACCUGCGCUCUGUUUCCGCCCUCAACCAGGAAGUAGCUCUGCUCACUUACAUCACCAACGCCGAGCUGCUCGCUUCGAAAGCUGAUGAGUCUGGGUGGACCAACUUCUACGACUAUGACAGCGAGGGUCGUUUAACGAAUGUCUCCUACCCCACUGGUAUGGUGAUCAGCCUGCGCCGUAAGAUGGAACAGUCCAUCAACAUCGAUAUGGAAAGCUCGAACAGGGAUGAUGAUGUCACUAUUAUCACCAACCUUUCCUCAGUGGAAGCAUCUUAUACUGUGCUUCAAGAUCAAGUUCGGAAUAGCUAUCAGAUGUACUACAACGGCACCCUGAGGGUCUCCUAUGCCAACGGAAUGGGACUCAGCUUCCACACUGAACCUCACAUCCUGGCAGGCUCAGUCACACCAACCAUCGGGAGGCGCAACAUUUCUCUACCAACAGACAGUGGACUCAACUCUAUUGAGUGGAGGAUGAGGAAAGAGCUGACCAAAGGCAAAGUCACUGUGUUCGGAAGAAAGCUGCGCGCUCAUGGCAGGAAUCUGCUUUCCAUUGAUUACGACCGCAACACGAGAACCGAGAAGGUGUACGACGAUCACCGUAAGUUCACCCUGCGUAUCAUUUACGACGCUCAGGGCCGGCCUGCCACCUGGCUCCCCAGCAGCAGUCUGGCACUGGUCAACGUGUCCUACUCACCCACGGGUCGUCUGAUUGGUUUGCAGAGGGGCAGCAUGAGCGAGAAGAGCGUGUUCGACACUUUUGGCCGCAUCCUAUCCCGUACCUUUGUGGAUGGGAAGGUGUGGAGCUUCAGCUAUCUUGAUGAGUCCAUGGUGCUGUUGCUGCAGCAGAGUCAGAAGCAGUACGUGUUCGACUUUGAUAGCACUGGUCGGCUUACAGCGGUCACCAUGCCCAGCAUGGCCAAACACACCAUGUCCACGCAUGUCUCUGUGGGCUACAUCCGCAACACCUACAACCCACCCGAAAGCAACGCCAGCGUGAUCCAUGACUUCACUGAGGACGGCCGCCCCCGGGCCACUUUCUACCUGGGGACAGGUCGUCGUGUGCUCUACAAGUAUGGAAAGCUGGCCAAGCUCUCAGAAGUACUAUAUGACUCGACGGCAGUUACCUUUGGCUUCGACGAAACAACCGGGGUCCUCAAGAUGGUGAAUUUACAAAGUGGUGGCUUCUCCUGUACCAUCCGCUACCGCAAGCUCGGCCCCCUGGUGGACAAGCAGAUGUACCGCUUCUCAGAGGAAGGGAUGGUCAAUGCCCGCUUCGACUACACCUACCACGACAACAGCUUCCGCGUGGCCAGCAUAAAGCCGGUGAUCGGAGAGACUCCCCUUCCUGUGGAUCUUUACCGCUAUGAUGAGAUCUCGGGCAAAGUAGAGCACUUUGGUAAAUUUGGCAUCAUCUACUACGAUAUUAACCAAAUCAUCACCACAGCUGUAAUGACGCUCAGCAAACACUUUGAUGCUCAUGGGCGCAUAAAGGAGGUGCAGUACGAGAUUUUCCGCUCUCUUAUGUAUUGGAUGACGGUGCAGUAUGACAGCAUGGGUCGUGUGAUCAAGCGUGAGCUUAAAAUUGGGCCCUACGCCAACACUACACAGUAUCGUUACGAGUAUGACAGCGAUGGCCAGCUUGUUGGAGUCAAGGUCAAUGAUUGGUCCAUGUGGCGCUAUAGUUAUGACCUGAAUGGCAACUUGCAUUUGCUGAACCCUGGAAACAACGCCCGUUUGCUACCAUUGCGCUACGACCUGCGCGACCGCAUCACACGCCUUGGGGACAUGCAGUACAAGCUGGAUGAAGACGGUUUCCUCAGACAGAGGGGCUCGGACUUCUUUGAGUACAACUCCAAAGGCCAGAUAGAGCGGGCUUACAGCCGUACGGCGGAUGGUUGGAGCGUUCAGUAUCGCUAUGAUGGCCUUGGGCGCCGUGUGUCACGUCGCACAUCGAGUGGCGAGCACCAACAAUAUUUCUAUGCUGACCUUAAUCACCCAAGCCGGCUGAGCCACAUUUACAACCAUUCCAGAGCUGAGAUCACGUCCUUCUACUAUGACCUCCAAGGUCACCUGUUCGCUAUGGAGGUGAAUGGCGGCGAAGAGUACUAUAUUGCUUCGGACAACACAGGCACUCCGUUGGCUGUCUUUAGCAGCAAUGGGCAAAUGGUGAAGCAGUUGCAGUACACAGCAUACGGCGAGAUAUACCAUGACUCCAACCCAGACUUCCAGCUUGCGCUUGGCUUUCAUGGAGGGCUGUACGACCCUCUCACCAAGCUGGUGCACUUUACCCAAAGAGAUUAUGACGUACUAGCAGGCCGCUGGACCUCACCUGACCACACACUCUGGGCAAGGAUGAGCAAAGAGCCAGCACCAUUCAACCUGUACAUGUUCAAGAACAAUAAUCCUCUCAGCGACAUGAUCGAUGUUAAAAACUAUGUGACAGAUGUGAAGAGCUGGCUGGUCAUGUUUGGUUUCCAGCUCAGCAACAUCAUACCUGGGUUUCCUAGGCAUCCAUUAUAUUUUGUUGACCCUCCAUAUGAAUUGCUUGCCAGUCAGGACUGUGACAAUGCCCAGCUGUUCACAGGAGUACAGCAUUCAGUGGAGCGACACAACAAAGCCUUCAUGGCCCUGGAGGGAAAGCAGCUCAACAAACACUGGCGUGUUAAACGAGACAAGCCUGGCUACUGGUUUGGCACCAGCACACCUGUUGUGGGAAAAGGCAUGAUGCUGACUAUCAGGGAGGGCCAUGUUUUGGCAUCUGUGACCAGUGCAGCCAGUGAGGGCAGCCGCAAAAUUGCACAGGUGCUCACCGGUACCAUAUACCUUGAAGGCAUGCACUACACAAUAGACAGGCGUGACUGGCACUUCUUUGUGAAGCUCGGGCUACCCGAUAGUGACCUCUUGGCCCUGGGGAUCAGUGGUGGGCACAGGACACUGGAGAGUAACAUCAACGUGACCGUAAGCGGCCGAUCACGCCGUGGAGUCACUGUGGAGAUUCACACUCGAGCAUUAGUGUUUAGCGUGCGUUACGGGCUGGGUGCCGAACUACUGGAAAAGGAGCGAGCUCGUGUUCUGGAGCAAGCUCAGCAGAGGGCGGUGGCUCGAGCCUGGGCCACAGAGCAGCAGAAGAUACAGGAUGGCAGAGAGCUGAGCCGAGUGUGGAGCGAAAGCGAGAAGCAGCAGCUCCUAGCAGUGGGGAAAGUCCCAGGCUAUGAGGGCUAUUACAUACUCCCUGUGGAGCAGUAUCCUGAACUGGCAGACAGCAGAGCUAACAUCCAGUUCCUCAAACAGAACGAGAUGGGAAAGAGGUAACAGAGCCAGGCUACUACAGCCAUCAUUUCCUCAUCUCCCAUGGACAGAGAAACCAAAUCCAGAAAGAGCUGCCAGCAGUUUCCACAAAGACUUCAUCCAUCUUGAAGAAGCGACAGCGUGGAGCCAAAAUAACCUGGACUGGAUAAAGACUUGUAACUACACGUACUUUUUUGUAAGAAAAUGUUAGACUUUCAAAGAGAUGUCAGAUGUUUUUAGACCAGUUUGGGCUUAGUGAUGGCAAGCCUGACAUCCAUAUCAAGGCACUUUUUCAAAAACAGGAAGCAGAGUCUCAGGCCUCAAAAUAUGAUUGUCACUUAAGCCAUCACUUGCCGGUGUAUGUAUUAAAUCUGUGGAUGAUAAAGCCCACAGGAUUCAUUUUAAAGAUUUCUGCAAAAGGAACUCUGAUGUGUCUCAUUUCAGUCUCUUGUCCCUUACAACUUUCCCACAGGAUUUGACUUGUACUAGAAGAGGGUUGUGGUGAAAGGUACUACAUUGGAGUGCACAUCAAGCGUGGCUCUUAAGAUCUCUGUCCUUUUACAUUUGCACUAUAAGACAAUCACAAGGAGACUUUUGCUACUCGGCAUGAAUCUCCAUAAAGAUUGAUCUUUUUAUUUACCCUUUGUACAAUAUGUAAAACUCCAUUAAGAUUUUUCUUUUAUUUUAA